UUUGUGAUAAAGAUGAUCAUUCAUUAAUUUAACAACCACAAGUUUGUGUAGUUUGUUCAGGUUGUUUACCAAAUGUUAUAGACAAUAUUUUAUUAAUACUUAUUAGGUUUGUUACUGACCGACUACAAAAAUAUAUCGGGUUGAUCAGUCUCAAAGAGGGCUCGGCUUCGCCUUGCCAUCUUUGAGAUCAUGAUCAGCCCAAUAUAUUUUUGUUGUCAGUCAGUAACAAACCAAAUAAGUGUUUUGUUUUCCGGAGGACUAUCAAGUGACAUAUUAUUCACAAAAAGCAAUGAUCUACGCGAAUCCAUGUACAAGAUGCCCAUACUCUGACCCAAGAUUUCUUCGAUUCACAUUUUGCCUAAUUACUCAAUAUUUUUUAAAACCUCAGGUUCAAACGAUUUUCAUUUAAAAGUAUGAAACAUUUCUAAGAUUUCUCUGUUGAAACGCCCCUGUUAGCUUAUCAGAUUUUAAUACAAAUACACGGCUAAAAAUUGUGAUAUCUAUGGGUACUUUGUAUUGCAGCAAGCCCGGAUUAUAACGUUGAAAACUUGCGCAAGGUAUUCCGAGUGACUUCCAAAUGGAGAAAAGAUGUAAACAUUCCCCAUUGUAAAAGUCCAUAGGAAAUCUGUUUUCUUUACUGUGAAUAUUUAGGAGGGAAAAAUGAGAAUGUGUGAAUAAAGUUAUCUUGAAAAUUUUCCCUCACAUCAAUUUCAAUUGCACUUCUUUCAUAGGUAUGUGUAUUCUUAUUAAAAGUCGUCCAAAUGUGCAGCAUAACUAUCUUGGGACAGACUUUAACAUCUUGUCCAAUUUAACUCGUUUAAACUCGUCAAAAUUAUCAAUUUCACAUUUCAAAUACUCUUUGAAGAUCUUCGCUUCAGCCAUGUUUACUUAAAAUGUUUUGUUGCUAUUCAACUUUAUAAAUGUUUUCUCCCUUUCCUCUGCAGAGAUUUGAGCAAGUUUCGAUGCUGCCAUUUUGUUUUGCUCCAGAAACAACAACAUUUGAGAAUGAAAGGAUUUAAACAUGUCAGUGCAUAACUUGGCAUUCCAAACAGGCCAGGGAUUGCGAUACAAUGGAAAAGAGCUCCUUCCAAGACGGAUAAAUAACCAGAACCUGGUAUACCGAUUGUUCCACAGACAGACACAUACACCAAGCCCGGGGACUCACUUCCAUCAAGUGCGGUCACUAUACACUAAUGUGUUCCCUAACUACACAGUUGUCAAUGUGGAGAAGCCUCCGUGCUUUCUCAGGAAGUUCUCUCCAGACGGGAAGUAUUUCAUUGCCUUCUCCUCAGACCAGACGUCACUAGAGAUAUACACCUUUCAGGGCUCUGCAGCUGCAGAAGACUUGCUACAAAAUGUGCAUGGAGAUUUUAUGUCACUGAACAAUGAUCAUGCUUCAGUUAACAUUCGUGCCAAACUCUUUGGUAGGUUCUUCAAGUUAAGACACAAAACACUUGUGGCUAAGAAUGGAGAACAGUUGAAUAGAGAGUGCAGUCUGUUCACAGACAAUGGGAACUAUGUCAUUGUGGGGUCUGCCAUGAACAUACCAGAGGAACCCCAUCCGUUGUUUCAUGACAUCUAUCAGAACAAUGAGUCUAUGUCGCCCAACCAUAAAUACCAGCUGGAGGAUUACUCCCUCCAUAUAAUUGACUUGGAGACAGGGAUAUUAUGUGAUACCAGGCAUUUCAAGUUUGAUAAGAUCUUUCUCUCCCACAAUCAGGGGUUAUACCUGUAUAAGAACACACUGGCCAUUUUGUCAGUGCAACAACAGACCAUUCACAUCUUUCAUGUUACUCCAACUGGAAAGUUUGUGGAUGUUCGAAGCAUUGGAAGAUUCUGUUAUGAAGAUGAUCAGUUGUUCUUCAGUCAGGGGAGCAAGAGGAGUUCUGGCCAAGUUAUCAGACCUUAUGCGGAGCAGACAAUAAAUUCCCUGAAGCACAGACUUAUGGUGUUCCUUUUCCAGCGGGCACAGGCAGAAGGCACUUCCUAUGCUCUUCGCAAAUUCUACCAGUAUUUUGAUCAGUUCAAAGUGUUGAGAAUGUGGAAGAUGCAACUUCUGGAUGAGAAUCAUCUGUUGAUCAAAUAUGCCAGUGAAGAUGUGGUGACUUUGAAAUGUCAGGAUCCAAACUCUCAACCUUCCUUCUUUGUUGUCUACAACAUGAUGACAACUGAAGUGUUGGCCGUCUUUGAAAACACCUCUGAAAAACUUUUGGAGCUCUUUGAGAAUUUCUGUGAUUUGUUCCGGAAUGCGACCCUGCACAGUGAAUCUCAGUUCCCUUGCUCUGCCUCCAGCAACAUUCAUGCCCGACAAAUUCAGCAGAGGUUCAAACACACAAUCAUCAAUGCUAAAUUUGGGGGCCACACAGAGGCAGUGAAGAGACUCCUGGCCCAGCUACCCAUCAGCUCCCAGUCAUACAGCAGCAGUCCAUACUUAGACCUGGCCCUCUUCAGCUAUGAUGACAAGUGGGUGUCCAUGAUGGAGAGGCCAAAAGCUUGUGGGGAUCACCCUAUCAGGUUUUAUGCACGGGAUUCAGGUUUACUCAAGUUUAAGAUAUAUGCUGGAAUGCUGGGUAAAAGUCCAUCCCCAACAGCUCGCCGUCUGGUCGCCUUCACAUUUCAUCCUAGUGAACCAUUUGCCAUCAGUGUUCAAAGAACAAAUGCUGAAUAUGUGGUCAAUUUCCAUGUUAGACAUUGCAUCUGAAGGCAUUUAUACCAUAGUAUAUUUUAAUAUCUUACAGUACUGUUUUUUUGUUAUAUUUCUAUACUUGAUGAUAUUUAUUUGCCAUGCAUUUGUGUAAUAUUUCUUGUGAGCUGUAAUGAAAAAUCUUGAUAUUUACUUUAUUGUAUUAUGUCUUUAAUUGCUUCAUAUAGUGUAACCAUGCGAGCAUCCUAAUGUCAAGUUUGUUCAAACCUACCCAGUACUCUUAGCAAGAUUCAUAGAAUUUUGACAGUUUUCUCUUCCAGUAGAGAAGUGUAAUAAAAAUUUUCAGUCUUGAUGAA